AGGACUGUUUUUAUUUUAAACCAUGGACUCUAAACUACACAUAGAAAUUGUUGGCUUGAUUAAAGAUCGCAGUUUCCAUGUUGCCAAAAGUAUUGUCGAGGGACUAAAACAGAAGUUUCCUGAGAAGUUUCUGGAUCCGAAAAUUAAAUCACUCCUUGAAUUAGACUGGCACACAUAUCUGUGUCAAAAGAAAAGGGAGCUGCGUGGUGACGUGUGGCAGUACUCCAGCAGCCUGAUGUGCUUUCUGAACGGCCUUCUCCUGGGUAAUGAGAAGGACCUCACCCGCUGGGCCAAGAAUGAGUGGAAUUUUUCUUUCACUCGGCCACAGGCUUUCUAUAUGGCUCUCACUGAGGACUACUACAACAAACACCUUCGAAACACUGGGCAUCAGUUUGUCUUCAUGGAAAUUGAGAUAGCAGGAGAGGCAGUAGGGAGGUUAUUGUUUGAGCUGUUCUCAGAUAUUUGUCCAAAGACAUCAAAGAACUUCGAGGCUCUGUGCACAGGAGAGCGAGGCGGAUCAGAAAGUGGCCUCCCACUUUGCUACAAGGGUUCCCUGUUUCAUCGUGUGGUGCCAAACGGCUGGGUGCAAGGUGGAGAUAUUAAUCCAGUGAGGAAAGGUGAUGGAGGGGAGUCAAUCUAUGGACCAGCGUUUGAAGAUGAGAGCUUUGCUGUGUCCCAUACUAAACGUGGCACUCUAGGAAUGGCCAAUAAGGGUCCCCACAGCAAUGGAUCCCAGUUCUACAUCACCCUGCAGCCAACGCCCUGGAUGGACAGGACCUAUGUUGCCUUUGGUCACGUGGUUGAGGGUGUCGACGUCCUGAGGAGAUUAGAAGAAGCUGUGACCUGCAAUGAAAGACCCAAAUAUGAAUGUAAAGUUACAGACUGUGGAGUGUUUAAGUUUUAAGUCAAGUGCUUACAUUUUUUAUCAAUGUUAUUCAUGGAAUAAAAUAAACCUGAGAUACAUGUAACAUGCGACUUAUGAUUUAAAUAUGAUUAUUUAGUAUAGAUGAGAUUAUCGAACAUUAUAUUCAGGCAUAGACACUUUGUCAGAAAAAGUGGUGGGGACAAUUUCUCCAGAUUUAACAUCAGCAUAGCAGAAGACAAAAGAUGUCCCUCCCCUGGGUGUUGAACCUCGAGCACCUGCAUGAAAAACCAAUGCAUAGACCUGGACCACCAAUGUGUUUUUAAAAUGCCCAACUAUAGGUCUUGCUGUCGUGUGAUUUGUACUUUUAUGCACACAACUAGCACACAGGUAUGGAGGACAGAACAUGACAUAAGUAAAAAAAAAUGCAUAA